AUGAAAUUAAAUAAUAUUAAAAAAUCUUACAUUAAAACUCAUCAGAAAUUCUUAAAUACAACUAACCCCAACUACCUUUUACAAUUGAUUAAUUCAUCAACCGAGUGCCAUUCAUCUUUUAUCAAAGAUAAAGAACAAUAUUAUAGAAAUAUUUCAUCAAAUAGAUCAACAUUAAAUGCCUAUUCUGUAUUCGAAAAUAUGGAGAAAGAAAUUGUAAGUAACAUGUACAAAAAUAUAGUAUCUAGUCUGGGUGGCUUAAAUGAUUAUAAAAAUGAAAUUAAUGUACAAGUAAUGUUGCACAAACAAUUUACACGUUGCUACUUCGAAUUCAUCAGGAAUACGUUAAGAGAUUUUGUGCCAAACCGUAUUAACCAUAAAUUGAUUAACUUUGUUCUGAAAAAAUUUGAUAACAAAUUAAAGGCAGAUGUGUUUAUGCCAUUUAUCAACAAUCAGCCUUCUGGUAGAAUGCUUGUUGAAAAAGUAGGUGUUGCAGAAGAAAGACAACGUAAAGAGCAAUUGUUAAAUGCUGUUAAUAAAGCUUUUAAAAGUUUGAAUGAAAUUCAAAGGCAAUGA